CGGAAGUUUACUUCUGCACCGGUUUUUCAUUAGAGUGAUGUCCCUUGUAAAGUUCCGGAAAGUUGUUUACUGCACGUAUAUAUCUAUUUGCAGAGUUCUGGUGAUAUCAAAUUGAUUUUGUGUGGGAACAUAGCAGCAUAUUGGUUUAAUUAAAUAGGAAGUGAUGGGAGUACGAGGUUUGUUAUCUGCCUGCCUAGAGCACCAGGAUGAGUGUGCCGACACAGUUGAUCUCAUUGAAAUGGCUCAGAGACGGAACGGUAUUGAACUGAUAGUAGAUUUUUAUUCAUUUCAACAGGAGAUACUGUCAAAAUUUUGGACCGGACUGAGUCGUCUCCGAGGUAACAGUUACCUGAGGAUUCUUGGUGGAGAAUAUGCAACAUUUGACACAUACGUUAAAAAGCUUGUUUCAGAUCUAAAAUCAAAUGAUAUAUCCCUAGUGUUUUAUAUUGACGGAGGGAAAGGAAGUUCCACCGAGGCUCUGCGACAAAAACUUGAUACAUGGAUUAAGAGGCACGAACAGGAUGUUGAGAAAAUGACGGAGAUUCUUAAAGUUUUGUGGGGACAAACUAACAUUAGAGAUUUACCGUUGGAUACUAACAUCAGGCCUGUUGUACAAGAAGACCAGUUUAUGGCAGCAUUGAAGCAUUACGGAUGUGAAAUUCACCAAUGUCCUGCAGGAGAAGCGGAUUUGCUAUUAAUUCAAGCUUUGAAAGAAAGACCGCAGGCAUUUGCCAUUUUAAGUAAUGAUUCAGAUUUUUGUGUGUUUAAAGACAGCAGGUUAAUACCAAUACAGUUAUUUGACAUUGAAAAUGACCUUCAGCUUGGAGAACCAGUUGUGGUGCCGGAGAAACCACUUAGGUUGAUGGUCAAAGUUAUUCAUACAGAUAAAGUAAUGGCAAUGCUUAAGCUGAAGAACCAUCAGCUUCUGGUUGAGAUGAGUAUUGCUGUUGGGAAUGACUAUACUGGCCCCUUCAUGCAGGCAGGUCUGUCCCGACAGCUCGAUGUACGGGGGCGGAGAUGUGUGGAGAACUUCGCUGGCUGGAUAAGACAUUACAAGAACAUUGAGAACAAUCCUGUACUAGGGGAGGAGAUGCAUAGAGACCAGUAUUUUCGACAGGCAGUAUAUCACAGUCGUAACUUCUACAAUUUACGAUGUCAGCCCGAUGCAGCACCGAAGAAAGGCUACUUUUCACAGCUUAUUGAGGAAGGAAUCAGAGAGGGGAAGUUCCCAUCAAAUAUAAUGAGCAUGCACAAUAAUUUCUACUGGUAUCGUAUGUUACUGGAGGACAACAGUUAUGGGCAACCUUGUGCCGAAUGUUCUCUGACACCGCUGCGGGCAUACAUAUACAGAAUUGUGUUACCAAGACAAGAGAACCUUGUCGAGGAGUAUGGAAGAAGUCCCUACCAAGUACUUAGAAAAGCAGGGAUCAUGGCAGCGGAAGAAGGUUUAGCUCCACCCAUUCAUCGUAUCAUACCAGACAAAAUCUUUCCCAAUCUGAGGACUUUCCAUUCUAUCCUCUGUCAUCAAGAGAGAGGGAACUGUUCUGUAAACUGGUUUGAUAUGUACGGAAGGAAGAAUGGAUUCACGAUUCAUCUGCUGCGAUACUUCCUGCUGAUGAACUGGGGUCGUAACCUGCAUUUGACUGACAAUGAGUAUUUAGCCCUUGUUGCCAUGGUGAUGGGGAGACAGAAGAUGCCCGAGGCUUACUAUCAGGGAAUUGUACUUAAGCCAACUGUCCGAUGUGUGACAAUUGGUAACUGGUUCCAGGAUCUGUACAGACAUGCUUACUCCAUGUUGGGUAGCCUUCUGCAUUUGAAGCAUGAGUUUCCGUUACCAUCGGAAAUCUUCAGUGGUUCAGUGUGGGCUGUAGUUUACAUGGUGUGCCAAGAUGAAACAUUUUAUAUAGCUGCCGAUCAAGUUCAGAUGGACAUACUGCGGACAACACAACAGGAAAUGAACAGUGUUAUCAGGGAGAAAAGACACAUAAUUCGACAUAUUGUGGAGGGGUUCUUUCCAUUUGAUGACCGAUGAACAGAGUUACUUCCCCUUUUUGGAAAGUCCAGUGCGAUAAUGUAUUUCCAAAAAUAAUUUUAAACUUGCAGGAACACAAAGUAUUAGGGAAAGGAUAACCAGUAUAAUUGUUUGUGGUGCCAUAUAGGUUUGACGUCUUUUUGUUGUGCACAGAAUUAUCGGAAUAGUGUUGUAGUGGUGUGGAGAUGAGGCUUGAUAUAAAAAAAUAUGGUGCAUAAUCCAUGCAAAACAUACGUUUGAUAAGAAAGUGCUAAAAUAGCUUCAUGAUCAACAUUAAAUUACACAAAUCAUGACAUUCAUACAGUGUUCCAGAGAGAAAUUGUAGCAUGUAAAACUUUUGAAGUUUUCAGAUUCUGUACUGAUAAAUCAAAUAUUUUGGAUGUUUGAGAAGUGCAGUGUGUAAAAUUGUUUAAUUAAAAGCUUUAAGCUUAUUAUAAUAAACCAUCUAGUUUAUUUGAUAGUUGUAAGUUAAGUGAAAUCAUGAUAUUGGUGAUCAGAUGUAUGUGUUUUGACCGGCGGGCAGUUGGAUUGUUCGAAAAUAUUAAACCUUGCAUCUUACAUGGAAAAUGAAGAGACAGUUAUUUUUGAUUUUCUACUCCUUGCGGAUUUAAGAAAUCAGACAUAGACAUUAUAUAAUAUACUGUGUAAAUUGACUGCUUUUUAGGUACAGUGUUUCUGUAAGUAAGCAGAAAACUAUACUUGCUCUCAGAGCUUAUUGUUUUUGAAAGCUUUUGUAAAUCUAUUAAUACGGAGUUGUAGAAUUUUUUUAUCCAGACAGUGUUUUUGAAAAUGACAAAUUUGCAUUUGAUAAAUGAUUUUCCUCAUGAUUUAAAUAUGUUAAAUAAAUGGAGUUAACUGCAGUAGUAUAUAUGCAGGGGUGUUUUAUGCUUUCAGAGCAUUUUUAGCUCGACUAUACGAGAUAUGGAGAGCUAUCCUACUCGACCUGGCGUCGGCGUCCUUCCACAUCUGCACUUUGGUUAAAGUUUUGAUGCACUUUCUCUUCAUCUUUGUUAUUACUACCGUAAACGGCCGAAUAUAGGUCGCACUCGUGUAUAGGACGCAGUGAAAAAAAUAUCAGCAGAAUUCUGGAAAAAUGCUUUUACCCACUUUUCACUUAUCCGAAUUUUUGUUUGUCCGAAAUUCGCUAUAGUUUCUACGAACUUGCCGGUUUCUGCUUAAUCAUAGUCGAUGUUUUUGGAUGUUGUGGCAAGUAUUUAAAUUGAAAAAGCAUAAACUCUGUGUUAGCACUAAACUGCCGCAUCAUCUGACCACUCCACGAAUAUUGACGCCAGUGAAAACGAAAGUCACUUUGGCACGUGGCGGUAAAAUGACGUAAUUUUAAGACUGGUUUGCAAAUUGUUUUACACUUUACGGGUCAGCGGCUAUGAUCAUAUAGGAUCAUUCUAAAAUCUCGCAUGCUUAUUUUUACAAUUGCCUCCGGGUAUGAUUAACAAACAGUUAAUUGUUUGCAGACUGUGACAGUAGGUGUAAGAUAAGUAAUGCCUCGGGUGUGAAUUUCUCGAUGAACAAGAGGAUAAUAGACAACUAUCAAAAUUAGUUUGAAGAUUAGAUUAAUCGAUUUCCGGACUACCUGAUAUGGAGUUUCAAUUAUUUUAAUGCAAAAUGUGUGAAAAAGCGCUGGGAAAGUUUUACACGGGUCUUGUUAAAAACUUAAUAAUCAGUUACAGAAAUUCGUUGUAAAAUAUAUUUUAAUGAAAAACAGCAUUUAUUUAUCUUUUUUUACGCGAGCUCUAAAUUUUACAUUUUAUACAAAAGUAAUUUAAGACGCUGUGUCCCGAUACCGGCUAUUAGCUAUGCCCGAGUCGUUGAUAUUUACUCCCCUUGAAUUCUCUUCAGUAUAGAGGUACGCGGGAUAAACAAAGAUCGAUUUUCUUAAUUUUUGAGUUGGGGGGAAUGUUUGAUCUUUUUCUAUACCCAUAUAUAGGACGCAUCGGUCUUUCGAGGCCAGAAUCUCGUAAAAAAAUGUGCGUGUUAUAUUCGUAGGAUGACGGUAGAUGGAUUUACUUCAGACUUAAAAUAGUUGUUCCUCAUCAUCACCCACAUCAUAUGGCACAAGGGUCAUAACUCUUGGCACCAAUAUUUCAUGAAUUAUCCCCCCUUUUUACUUAGAAUUUCAGGUUUAAGUUUUGGUGCACUUUAUUUUUAUCUCAAUUAUUACUAAAUGGAUUUGAUUCAAACUUAAAAUAUUUGUUCAACAUCAUCACCCACAUCAUAUGACACAAGGGUCAUAACUCUGGUACAAAUAUUUAAUGAAUUAUCCCCCCUUUUACUUAAAAUAUCUGGUUAAAAUUUUGAUGCACUUUCACUCUAUCUCAGUUAUUACUAAAUGGAUUUGAUUCAGACUUAAAAUAGUUGUUCAACAUCAUCACUCACAUCAUAUGACACAAGGGCCAUAGCUCUGGUACUAAUAUUUAAUGAAUUAUCCCCCCUUUUACUUAGAAUUUCGGGUUAAAGUUUUGAUGCACUUUCACUCUAUCUCAGUUAUUACUAAAUGGAUUUGAUUCAAACUUAAAAUAGUUGUUCAACAUCAUCACUCACAUCAUAUGACACAAGGGCCAUAGCUCUGGUACUAAUAUUUAAUGAAUUAUCCCCCCUUUUACUUAGAAUUUCGGGUUAAAGUUUUGAUGCACUUUCACUCUAUCUCAGUUAUUACUAAAUGGAUUUGAUUCAAACUUAAAAUAGUUGUUCAACAUCAUCAUUCACAUCAUAUGACACAAGGUCCAUAACUCUUGCACCAUUUUUUCAUGAAUUAUGCCCCCUUUUACUUAGAAUUAAAGGUUAAUUUUGAUGCAUUUUCACUAUAUCUCAGUUGUUACAAAAUGAAUUUGAUUCAACAUGACACAAGGUGCAUCACUUUUGCACCAAUAUUUCGUGAAUUAUGCCCCUUUUGCUUAGAAUUACACUUAUUUAAUGUUUUGAUACACUUGAUCCUUAUCUCUCUUAUUACUUAAUACUUUUGACACAAACUCAAGCUAUUAUCCAAUAUCUUCAUCCACAUUGGAGUCAUUAAACACUCCAGUGACACCUCCAGCUUCAUCAAAUAUACCCAGUUUCACUAUCUAGCAUUGAAAUAGUCGAGCGCGCUGUCUCCUGUGACAGCUCUUGUUGCUUUUGUUAAUGCAUUUGUUAAUGACUGAAUAUAGUUUUUCUUUCAGGGUUAGAACUUUUUUUAAAACAUAUAAACCAUUUAUUAGUGCUAAUUAUGUGCAUCCACAUGCUAGCUGUUUGAUUCCUUGGUAGCUAGUGCAUAGACAUACAUGUAUUUUUAGUGUUUACAUUUUUAGCCCAAUGCUGGGUUCAUCUUUACCCUACAUGCUGGGUGUAAAAGUAAUGGAUGUUGUAUCAGUUUUUAUUUAUUGUCUGCCUGGCAGGAAAGAAAACAAGGACAUCCCAGCAGUAGAUCACUUCAUUUUUUUCCAAAGGAAAAAGACAACUUACAGGCACACAUUAUGACGUCAUAAUUAUGAAGUUAUAAACUUUAUGCAGGAUUUUGUAAUUUACAAUAUCUUUGAAAGUUUUGAUAUGUUAGGCAAGAAAAGUAAUAUUAGUGUCUACCUGAGUAUGACAGAUAUUUUCCAACGUUUGGGACAGUGUGGGUAAGAAGCUUCACUCAUUACCCGCUGUCUGUAGGGUGGAAACACCCUGUACUACACCGGCAGGCAUGUAACGUUCUUUAUUCCAUAUGACUUGAUUUUAUCUUGUCUCAAUGUAUUAACUUGUUUAUGCAGAUGACAUAGUGCUCUACAGAAUAAGAGGAUUUUUUUUUAUGUUUCAGUUAAAAUGUAAAUAAAAUUGAAACUUUAA